AUGGCAAUCGAAAUAGAUCAAACCGGCAGCAUUAGUGAAAUUUGGAGUAAAAGUGAUCUGCAAAGGUGGGAUAAUGCAGUGGCGCACGUUUGCACAUUAAAAGUGAAUACGAAAGGCAAUGUUCUUUAUUGGCGAGGCCAAGAUACAAAGUACAGUGGCAACAAACAUAGAGGCACACUGAUCUAUCCAGUAUGGCCAUUUCUUAAUUAUAAUGAUCAGUCCAAUGGCAGAUUGCAUCAAGUUUUGACUGAUGCUCAAUAUCUCAAGUAUUUGAGCAGCAUCGUGAAGUACACUGCUCGAAGUGAUGGUGAUUCCGAUUGCCUAGAAAUCAACAUUAUAAAAGAUGUUAGGACUGGUCGUGCUGCUCGAUUACCAAAGGAUUCCAAAUUAAGAAAUUCACUCGAUAUGGGUGGUAAUAAUGAGGAAUCACUGGAAGAUAAAUCGGUUACUGUAGUUUACGGAUACAAUAUGGUAGAUAUCUUUUUCAUUACCUUCGUAUCAAAUUCUGCUAAAGUCGCUAAGGAUUGGACAACCAAUCUGUUCGCGUUAUGCCAUAACUUAUUAGCUCUGAACGCACCGCCAAUAUCGGUUCUGGAAGUUCAAUACAACAAAUUAGUCUGCAAAACUGUCGGUGAAGGGAAAAUAUCCGUCAAAGACUUUGCUAAAAUUUAUUGUAACCACAAAGAUGAUAAAAAACGAGUUACAGACGCCUUGGCAGCUGUUGGAUUACCUUCCAAUAUAAAGACUAUCGUUGAUGUAGUUACGCUAAUUUUAAAAUAUUACAAAUUUCAUUGCAGUGGAGCGAAAAAGAAACCUUAUUUGACGUUGCAGCAAUUCGUUGACUUUUUGAAUAAAGACCAGCGUGAUCCAAGACUUAACGAGAUUAUAUAUCCCUACGUAGAUGAAAAACGAGGACAAGAGAUAAUUUCCAAGUUUGAAACAAAAAAGGAAUUCUAUAGCAAAGGUCAAUUAUCUCUGGAUGGAUUUACGCGUUAUUUAAUGAGUGAAGAUAAUGCAAUAAUUCCACUUGAAUCAUUAGACAUCUAUCAAGAUCCCAAUCAACCCUUGUCUAGCUAUUUCAUCAAUUCAUCACAUAAUACCUAUCUGUCAGGUCACCAAUUUACGGGUAAAUCUUCCGUUGAAAUGUAUCGACAAGUCCUAAUAGCUGGUUGUCGUUGCAUAGAAUUAGAUUGCUGGGAUGGCAAAGGAGACGACCAGGAGCCAAUUAUUACCCACGGAUUUACGAUGUGUACAGAUAUCUCAUUUAAGGAUGUAAUGUACGCAAUUGCUGACUCUGCAUUUAAAACGUCUGAUUACCCAGUAAUAUUAUCGUUCGAAAAUCAUUGCACUACUAAACAGCAACAAAAGCUCGCUCAGUAUUGUAAAACAAUCUUUGGUGAUAUGCUCCUGAAUAAAAUCCUCGAUGACUAUCCGCUCGAACCUGGAAAACCACUACCACCACCGAGUGCUUUAUAUCGAAAAAUAAUUAUCAAAAAUAAAAAAUUAACAGAAGAUAUGGUAGCUUAUGUCGAAAAACAACCUUCUGUUGAUGUACCAGAUCAACAGCAACAAUCGAAUGAAGCUGCCAACGCAGCUGAUACGGAUAAACCUCAAGCUCCUCCUGCUACAACAUCUGCAGAAAAUGAUGGAAAUCCUGAAGAAGAAACCGAUGGUGAAUCAGAAGCUGAAGAAGAGGCUCCAGUCAAUCAGCAAGUUACUCGAAUGAAACAAAAGAAAGUGAAGAAAAAACGAAACGAUGAGAAUACUUGCUGCAAAGAAUUAUCUGAUCUAGUUAAUUACGUAACACCUGUGCACUUUCCGGGCUUUGAAAAAGCUGAUAAUCUUCCUAUGCAACUUAACAAUGGAAAAUUUGAAUUUAAUGGUCGAUGCGGGUUCCUAUUAAAGCCAGACUUUAUGCGAAAGAAAGAUCGAAAUUUUGAUCCGUUUGCAGAAUCGACAGUGGAUGGGAUAGUGGCUGGUAAACUUUCCAUCAAGAUUCUCUCGGGACAGUUGUUAACAGAAAAGCGAAUUGGUACUUACAUUGAAGUAGAAAUGUACGGACUACCUGUUGAUACAGUCAGAAAGCGGUACAGGACGAAAUUAGUACCUAAUAAUGGUAUUAAUCCUUUCUAUGAUGAAGAACCAUUCGUGUUCAAAAAGAUUGUUUUACCGCAACUUGCUUUGCUUAAAAUUGGUAUUCACGAAGAAAGCGGUAAACUUAUAGGUCAGCGUGUUUUACCAGUAGAAGUCCUAAGAGCAGGCUAUCGACAAAUUCAGUUGCGUUCAGAAUCGAAUAUGUUAGUAAACGCAGCUACAAUUUUUGUCAAGAUUGAUGUCAAUGAUUACGUUCCGGGAGGUCUAGCUGACUUUGCUGCCGCUUUGGCUGAUCCUAUUAACUUCCAAUCCGCAGUUGAAAAAAGGACAGAACAAUUGGCUGAGUUAAUGGACGAAGACGAUGCGCAGGGGGAGACAAAUAACGGGAAAUCAUCAGUAAAACAAGAUUCUCAAAGCAAAUUUAAUCCUCCACACAAUCCUCCUCAAUCUCGAAAUCCGGUUACGCCUCAUUCGCAUGAUAAGACGAAUCCUCCCCAACCGGUGCCAAAGAAAAUCAGCAGUGAUGGCAAUGGUACUAAGAUUCAAGGCCAAACUAAUCAUGUUGAGCCAGAACCAACUAUGGAAAGAAACUAUGAUUUAGUAGUGGUUGAAAAUAAAAAAACUUUCAAAAAGCAACAGUCCCUUAAUGAACAAGAAGCAAGAGCUGUGAUGAAAAAGCAUUUAAAAUCUAAAUCAACGUUAGCAAAAGUACACAACGAAAAUUUGAGUAAAUUACGCCAAAAUGAAUCGCCAAUUUCUCCUAAGAACAAUAAACCUACUGGUUCUCAGGUCAAUAAUAUUACGUGGUUGGAAAAUGAACAAAAAUCAGAAAUGCAGAAACUUUUGCUUUGUCAAGUUGAAGCAUUUUACGAAUUAAGAAUGAAGCACUUAAAAACUGAAUUCGAUAUUAAGGAGAAAUUGCUAGAGAAAUAUGAAAUUUCAAGCAAAAAAAAGUUACAGCAAGCUCACGAAAAGGAGGAAUGUAGCAUGAAAAAAUAUUUGGCGGUUAGAACUAAAGAAGAAAUUAAAACUGUCUCCAAAACUACUACUGAUAAACAUGAGCUUCGAAGCUUGAAAAGUGAAGUGAGACGUAAAAUGGUAGAAGACGCGGUCCAAGAAACACACAAGCUAAAGAAUAAGCAAGAAAAGGAAAUUGCAGAUUUAGAAAGUAGAUUUCAAGAACUUGCAGAAGAGCUUGGUAAUGAAAGGAAAAAGGAAGAGAAAUCUAUUAAAGACGAGUAUGAAACGCAGCGUCAAGAAAUCAUUCGUGAUGAAGGUUGA